ACUCUUCUAUGUGUUCGCGACAUGUGGGAUGUGUUCCCGAAGAUAGAUUGGAUAGAUUGUGCGACGAAAUUCAAAAGGCGACGUCGUCUCCCACUAGAGUGAUGAGGUAAUCGUCGUUACCGCUAAUUAUUCAAUAGCGGACCACAUAAAAAUAGAGCUAUGGAGGACGGGGGAAGGGCGUCUUCGGACGAGAUGGACGACAAACGUCAAAUGGAAAUGGCCUACCACUACCUCUGUCAUUUGGAAGAGGCACGUCUAUGGCUGUCCUCGUGCAUCGAGGAGGAACUGCCCGCGGCCACGCAGCUAGAAGAAUCGCUCCGGAACGGCGUGUACCUGGCGAGGCUCUCGCAUUUCUUCGCACCCGGUGAGGUUCCUCUGAAGCGCAUCUACGACAUCGACCAGACAAUCUACAGCGGACGUGGCCUGUGCUUCCGGCACACGGACAACAUAAACCGCUGGCUGAACGCAAUGCGCGCCAUAGGCCUGCCCGAGUACUUCUUUCCGGACGCUUUCGACCUCUACGAGAAGAAGAACCUGCCCAAGGUCAUCUACUGCCUCCACGCGCUCAGUCUCUACCUCUUCAGGCUUGGUAAGGCACCAAAAAUCGAAGAUCUGUUGGGAAAGCUAAACUUCUCUGAUGACGAGGUAGACCAGGUCCGGCGCGGGUUGGGGCUGAACGCCGAGCUCCAGAUGCCGGCCUUCUGCCAGAUCGGCGGGAUCCUCGCCAAGGAAAUGUCCGCGGACGCCGCUGCCGUCGUCGCCAUCAACACGGCCAUCGACAGGCAGGAACUAGACCUGCUGCUGGAGGCCUUGUCUGCGCCUUCGGCGCAAUUGCGAGAGGUUCACUCUGAGAACACAAGCAGAUACCAGGCAGUCCUGGAGAAAGCCAAGCGAAUGAAGUCGGACAACAUAGAAAUCCGGAGCCUGGAGUAUGCGUACGUACCGGACAUGUAUGACAGGCUGCUGAGUCUUGCCGAGGUACAGGGUUACAUACUUGAAACAAACGUCAAUGUGCUACUGACUUUGAUUGGCGAGGUCAUUGAGGCUGAAGACCUGGACCGCUUCCGGGCGCUGGUGCUGUCGAGGCCAGAUUUGGGGAUCCAAGACGUCAUUGUUGACAAUGUGCCCGCUUACUUCCAGGUCCUCUUGAAGAUAAGAGAUGAUGCAUACUCCAACAACAAUGUGUUCUCCCUGUUGAGGAGUGACUUGCAAAUUGCCAUUCACCUGGCCAAUGAAAAAAUAGAGGAAGAAAUGCGAGUCGAAGAAGCUGUGGAAGCGAUCAACGUGUGCCUGGACUGUGAUGAAGCAGACAACACCCUGGAAGCCCUCCGUGACCCAGGAGCCAACCUCCCCCUUGUCUAUCCUCUGGCAGCUCGGCUCUACCACAGCGAGUUUUCGUUCAUUCGCAAGGAAGCAGGCCACAACCUGUGCCACGAAGAGCUUGUCGGAGGCGUGCGAAUCCUGAACGCAAUAGCGGAGAUUAACUUUGCUCUCAAGUCCAAUGGAACUUUCGACCUGGUAGAGUGCCUGGAGAAUCCAAAUGCUCACAUUGCAGACGUGCGACCGCAGAACCACGAUCGAUAUGCCGUAGCACUCGCAGCAGCUCUGGUCGAAAAGACGAAACUUAGCCCGGCCGUUGUCUUUCUGACCCACAUUGACAUCCAAGACAUAGUCAGCAUAGUCAACGCUAAGGUAGACAAUGAACUGAGCCACGAGCAGGCAUUGGAACUCAUCAAUGAGGCUGUCAUGUCCAGUUCAGCGAGCCUUGUUUUGGAAGCCUUGUUAAAUCCAGCUGCUACCAUCCUCCAUGUGAGCAGAGACCACAUGUUGUUGUAUCAAGACUUGCUCUUUCUCAAGCUUCAGUCGUUGGAGGAGAGACCAUUGACCGAAGAUGACGUCCAAGGUGUUGUGGACACGGCUAACCAGGUGGCCUUUGAGGCGAGCAACAUGUGCAUUGGGCUGGCAACAUUGAAUGUCGGCGUCUGCAACCAGGUCGUUGAAGAUGUUCGUAGCGGCCUGGAGAGCUUGAAAAUCGUGGAAUUGAGAACCGACGCGACGGAGUCUUACCUCAAGGAACUGCAGAGAAUAUUUUUAAGAAAGUUUGGUGAUGGGUCUUCCAUCGAGUGGUUCAGUUACCUUGUUCGACCACGAUUGUUUUUCAACUUAAAUGUUGUCCAGUUCCGUAGUGAGUGGGCCUCUGCUCCCAAGGCGGACUGCAAUUUGUUCCUCUCAUUGGAAGACAUACAAAGAGUAGUUACACAGGUCAAUGAACAACUAAAAGAACUUCAGGACAUUUCUGCUAUCGAACCUAUGAUCAUCAAAUUGCAAGCUCGUAUGAAGGGAUACCUUAUCCGAAGUGCUGUUAGGGAGCAGUAUGUGUUCUACUGCGAACAUAUUGAAAGCAUCAUCAGGAUCCAAGCAUGGUACCGCAGCAUGAGGGAACGUGUGCGCUACAAGAAGAUGCUUUACGAAUUGGAUGCAUUAGUUCCAUUUGUUACUCGAUUGCAGUCAUACGUGCGUCGGUAUCUCGUGCAUCAGAAGAUUAAUGACCUCAUCAAUCACUAUAAGGACAAUGAGCGUAUAGCCACUGUCGUGCAGACUCAUUACCGCAGCAGUUGCGCGCUGCGUGACUACCGCCUCCUGACAAGAGCAACCCCAUCCUUUCCAGUGCUUGUCAAAUUUUUGCACAUGCUCAGUGUCAGUGAGCAUGACCUUGCAGAAGAGAUGGAGGUACAGAGGGUGAAGGAAAGAGUAGUGGCUACAAUCCGCCAUAAUCAGAGCCUCGAGAAGGAGGUAGACCAGAUGGAUAUUCGCAUUGGACUGCUGGUUCGUAACUGCAUCACUCUCGAAGAUGUCAUGAGCCACAGCAAGCGAGAGGCGGUUAAGUCUGAUUGGCUUGGAUCCAGCGGAGGACUAACAGCACUGAGUCAUCAAAGUCGGGAGAAGUUGGUAGCCUACCAACAUCUCUUCUACCUCCUCCAGGUGGAACCUUCUUACCUGGCACAACUGAUCUUCGUGAUGGCCCCACACAACACAAACAACUUUGUCGAAACCGUCAUCUACUCUGUGUACAACUAUGGGUCGACACCUCGCGAGGAGUAUCUACUCCUCCGUCUGUUCCGGCUAGCACUUAAGGAGGAAGUUCGCUCUUCACUCUCCCACCCAUCAGACAUCUUGAAGGGAAACCCGAUGGUCAUCAAGAUGGCUGUCGGUUUCUACCGAACCAAGAGGGGACAGAGCUGCCUGGAGCAGCUGUUGGCACCGCUGGUCAAAGACAUCCUCAGCGAUCAAGACCUCGACAUCAACUUUUACCCUGUCGACAUCUACAAGCAGUGGGUCAACCAGGUGGAGACCGCAUCUGGGAAAACCUGUGGGCUCAGCUAUGAAGUGACAGAGGAACAGGCUCUGCAGCAGAGUGAGGUCUGCAGACGUCUGCAUGAAUCUGUGCUGCAACUCGAGGCAAAGGCACUUAUGUUUGCUAAGAGCAUUGCCGACAGCGAGGACAAGGUACCAUACGGUAUGCGGUACAUCUGCAAGGUUCUCAAGCAAGCACUGGAGGAAACCUUUCCAGACGCGGCACCUACCGAGGUCCUCAAGGCCAUAGGGAACCUGCUAUAUUAUCGAUACAUUAACCCCGGGAUUGUGGCUCCAGAGUCAUUUGGCAUUGUAGAGCUGGAACGCUAUGGCCAGAUGUCUCACAGGCAGAGGCGCAACCUCGGCAGCAUUUCCAGGGUCCUUAUGUUUGCCUCUUCUGGGAUACCGUACGGGCACCAGCACUCCUAUCAAAUCCGACUGAACAAGCUAACGGCAAGCUGCGGAGACAUCCUUCACAGAUUCUUCUUGGAAGCAUGUGACGUGGCUGAACCUGAGGCCUACUUCAACAUUGACACCUACUCAGAAGCAACACAGCUGACACCCCCAACUAUCAGCCUGACAGCUGUUGAGCUGCGCGACACCCACAAGCUAUUGUUAGAAUUCCGAAACGACAUUGCUCCAGAUCCCAAAGACCCACUGCAUAUCUUGCUUCAGGACCUUGGUCCUGAACCUACCAUCGAAGACCUUCUGGGCCCGGCGAACGACUCUCCAGACUUAGCGGUCUUCUCAAAGACUAAGCUGUCACUUACACUUUCCAGCAAAUUUUCGGAGGUGCAAGAGGACACUCCAGAGUCUGACUACCUCGUCAAGGAGACAAAGCAAAUGUUGGUGGAGUUGAUGAGAACGUUCCGUAGCUGCAAGACCAUUCACGAGAUGCUCGACAGCGACAUAGGGCCCGAGACGGAACGUGAGUUUCUGGAAGCGCAAGCGGCGGGUCGUCAGCCAGUAAGGACAUCAACAGCUAGUCUCCUGAGCCGCCGGAAGUUUGGAUCCCUGGCGGCCUUCCGGAAGGCGGUAGUACAUAACCUUGAGGUCCUGGAAGAGCGUGGCGUGGCAUCGUCCAAGGACGACUACCAGGACUUGCUGAACAGCAUUGCCAUGGACAUCCUGCAGAAGCGGAAUCACAGGUUGAAUCGCCAGCGGGAGCUGGGGUACCUGCAGACGACUCAGCAAAAACUAGACGCCAAGACUCGUUCCUACCAGGAGACUCUGGACUACUACAGUCAGUAUGUGCAGGCUUGCCUUAGCAACCUGGCUGGAGGCAAGUCAAGGAGGCAGUCCAUGGGUGGUCGGAGGCAGUCUAUGGCCAGUCAGAGGCAGUCUGUGGGCGGUGAAGUUGCAACCCCUGAUACGGAAGAAGGCAGGGCACUCAAGUCACGUAAUGUGCUCAAGUACACGGGCUGGAAGCUGCAUGAGAAAGGCAUCCUCCUCGAAAUCACUGGACUGGAUAUAGCAAUGCUGAAGAAUGUGUCGUUCGAGAUUUCUCCGACCAACCGCACGGGCAUCUUCAGCGUACGCUCCAGGUUCCUCGGCAUGGGGGCUGACGAGAUCACCCUUGACAUCCAGGACCUGCUGAGGCAGCAGUACGAGGGCACGGCCGUCACGAGUCUGUUUGGACGUGCUAAAGUCAACAAUAACUUGCUGCUCUAUCUGCUGAACAAGAAGUUCUAUGGAAAGUAGCCUCAUCUUUAAGAGAUACCCUAGAUGUUCUUGCAGACACCAGGGUCCAUUGCAUAACUCAAGUGUGGCCUUAUGCCAAGUUUUCUGCCCAUGCAGAUUCCACAGAACUCAGUCACUAAUUUUACUACUAGAUCUUUUUUUUCACUUGGUUGCGAUAAGUAGUUCUCAUUUUAUCCAUGAUGGUCUCGCAGCUGUUGUACUGGAACAAUGCUUCACACUGAAGUCCCAAAGAGCUGUUGUUCUAACAUUGUGACCUGUUUACUGCAUUGGGGAUGUGAUUACCAAGGAGUGUUCAAUUUGUUUAUUUGCUAUUGAUUGCUAACAAUGGCUUUACGCUGAGAUGUCAUUAUUACUACGACAAGCUGCUAAGGGUUCAGUUCAUGAUGGUCAUGACUCAUGCUGCAAUAGUGUAGGUGUCUUCAGCAGGUUCCUUCUCAGCUGCGAUACUGCUUGAUGGUUCUCUGCAAUUACUAUGUAUGGGUCAGUUUAGCUGCCAGCUGUACAAUUCGUGAGCCUCAACUGUGAUAAUGCAUUAUGUAAAUGUUGGGUAGGUGCGAUGGAGUAUUUUUUAAGAGAACACCAAGCUAAAAGGGAGGCAAAAGUCAAACGAGACCUUAGGUUCAUGGUUGUUAACUGCAGAGCUAGGAGGCUGCCUGUUGAUGGAUCGUUGACCAGACUCUAGUCUAGACUAUAGUGUUCAAAGACCUUCGAUCUCACUAACGUUUUUCUAGCUCUUCUACCUCAGAAUUCUUAACCCUGAUAUGGCCCAGGGACAAGCUGUAAGAAAAAUUGUGUGCAGAGUGUAAUGCUGCCUUUUUGCAAGAAUGGUGGGCCUAUGAGGUAUAUUUAUGUGCGCAGGAAACAGUCAAGAUGUAUUUUUUCUAUGGUAAUUCACACUUGUUGAAUUUUGCAGUGUAUCAAUGACUAGUCUGCUUUCAUUCUAGUCAUUGAGUGUGCCUUUUGUGUGUGUGUGUGCAGUGUUGAGAGUUUAUUUACAAAUAAAGUUGACAGUUUUGCGUGGCAUCCA